CAGAAGAAGAGGAAGUUCCCUCUGUCACAACAUCCUUCAGACGUCAUCGUGCUGAUUAUGUGUUAUUUUAAGGAUGUUCAGCACUCCGCAUGUGAAGGCCUGUGUGAAUCUGCUGUGGGUUCACAGACUGUCUCUCAGAGAUGCUCAUAUUCAUCUCCAGAACAGACACUUCUGCUCCAGAUCUGCUCUCACUCCUCCUCAUAGAUGUAUUUCUGCAGUGUCAGGAUCUUCUGAAUACUCCCGGACAUGCAUUAGCACUCGUUUGCUUUUAGCACGCAUGAACUUCAGCUGUGUACACUCAACGAACUCUGUCCUGCUGUUUGCACACCGCAGUUUGACUGCGUCUCCAUCAGCGCUCUCCACUAUAGUGAGUCCUGAAGGCUGCACGGGGAGACACACACACCGCUGGGGUCUAAAUCAGCAGUCGUGUGUUAGCAUUAGUGCAGGUCAUGUGUGCGCUGAGAGCCGACCCGCAGUGUUUGCGAUUCAGAGACGCAGACUGCACAGAAACGCACAGUUUGAGGAGUGUGUGUCUGCGCUGAACGAGGCGCGCUGCAGACGCUCGCUGCAGGCCAACGCUGCGCUGUACGAGCGGGACACACACCGCUGGGCCGCGGUGCUGGUGUGUCUGUGUGUGUCACGUGGAGAUCCAGCGCUGCUCUUCACACUCAGAUCUGCACAGCUGAAGGGCAGACACAAAGGAGACGUCAGCUUUGCAGGAGGAAAGAAGGACCCGUCAGACAGAACUGUUGUGGAUACGGCGCUCAGAGAGGCCGCUGAAGAGCUGGGAAUCCACAUCCCUGAGGAGAAGGUGUGGGGUGUGCUGAAACCCCUGCGGGAUAAGUGUGUUUCUCCCACUGUCUGCUCUUUUGCAGUCUGGAAUGAUGAUAGCGCCAGUAAUAGCCAACAUCGGCCCACUGGAGGCGCUCUCUUUCCAGCCGAACCCCAGUGAGGUGGAGGAGAUUUUCACCCUGACUCUGGAGCAUUUGUGUGAGCCCCGGAACCGAGGAUACACACACUUCCGCACGGGUGAGCGUUACGGGUACACACUGCCUGUGUUUCUCAGCCCGAAGCACCGGGUCUGGGGUCUGACAGCGGUGGCUCUGGAUCAGGCUCUGAAACUCAUCGUCCCACCAGAGCAGAUGCUGGAGCGCAGAGUAAUACAGCAGCAGCAGCAGCGGGACGCUUCAUAAACACACAGGUCACACACACAUUCAGCUGCAGGAAUGAAAUAUGGGUCAUAUUUGAGCAAUAAACAAAAGGGAUCAAGCGGUUCUGCUGUCACUGGGGCAGCCACACUGCAAAACAGGCUGUUCUUACUGAGAGUUUCUGUCUGGUUUCAAGUCCAAACAUCUAAAAACUCUUAAAUUAAUAAGCGUUUUCUAGACAUAUAGUGUUGUUUUCAGGAAUAAUGAGUCAAAAUAAAGAGAGAUUCUCCUUAAAACAAGCAGAAUAAUCUGACAAUUGUUUUGGAUUUGAAAUGACACUAUUUCUCUUCCGCAUUGGUAGAUUAUUCUGCUUGUUGUAAUGUAAAGCUCUAGUUCAGGCUUCACGUCUCUCUCUGUCACAUUGGCAAGAUUUUGAUAAUUAUGAGUUCUGCACUUUAUCCCAUUAUUGUAAAAACAUUUUAAAGCUGCAGUCUGUAACUUUUAUUUGCUUCUCUGAAAUAAAUGUUUGAGUUCAUGAGCUGGAAAUAUCUACUCGUCCUAGCCCGACUCAGUAAUGAUGCUUUAUUAUUGGAGUUUUGCUGAUAUGGAAACACAUCUGUGUAAACACAAGCCACUGAGGGCGGAGACUAUGCUAACGAAGGACUGACAAUUAAUUUUCUGUGGGUGGAGCCUAAACACAAGCCACUGAGGGCAGAGACUAUGCUAACGAAGGACUGACAAUUAAUUUUCUGUGGGUGGAGCCUAAACACAAGCCACUGAGGGCGGAGACUAUGCUAAUGAAGGACUGAUAAUUAUUUUUCUGUGGGUGGAGCCUAAACACAAGCCACUGAGGGCGGAGACUAUGCUAAUGGAGGACUGACAAUUAUUUUUUCUGUGGGUGGAGCCUAAACACAAGCCACUGAGGGCGGAGACUAUGCUAAUGAAGGACUGAUAAUUAUUUUUCUGUGGGUGGAGCCUAAACACAACCCACUGAGGGCGGAGACUAUGCUAAUGAAGGACUGACAAUUAUUUUUUUUCUGUGGGUGAAGCCUAAACAAGCCACUGAGGGCGGAGACUAUGAUAAUGAAGGACUGAUAAUUAUUUUUCUGUGGGUGGAGCCUAAACACAAGCCACUGAGGGCGGAGACUAUGCUAAUGAAGGACUGACAAUAAUUUUUCUGUGGGUGGAGCCUAAACACAACCCACUGAGGGCGGAGACUAUGCUAAUGAAGGACUGACAAUUAUUUUUUUUCUGUGGGUGAAGCCUAAACAAGCCACUGAGGGCGGAGACUAUGCUAAUGAAGGACUGACAAUUAAUUUUCUGUGGGUGGAGCCUAAACACAACCCACUGAGGGCGGAGACUAUGCUAAUGAAGGACUGACAAUAAUUUUUCUGUGGGUGGAGCCUAAACACAAGCCACUGAGGGCGGAGACCAUGCUAACGAAGGACUGAUAAUUAUUUUUCUGUGGGUGGAGCCUAAACACAAGCCACUGAGGGCGGAGACCAUGCUAACGAAGGACUGAUAAUUAUUUUUCUGUGGGUGGAGCCUAAACAUAAGCCACUGAGGGCGGAGACUAUGCUAAUGAAGGACUGAUAAUUAUUUUUCUGUGGGUGGAGCCUAAACACAAGCCACUGAGGGCGGAGACUAUGCUAAUGAAGGACUGAUAAUUAUUUUUCUGUGGGUGGAGCCUAAACACAAGCCACUGAGGGCGGAGACUAUGCUAAUGAAGGACUGACAAUUAUUUUUUUUCUGUGGGUGGAGCCUAAACACAAGCCACUGAGGGCGGAGACUAUGCUAAUGAAGGACUGAUAAUUAUUUUUCUGUGGGUGGAGCCUAAACACAAGCCACUGAGGGCGGAGACUAUGCUAAUGAAGGACUGACAAUUAUUUUUUCUGUGGGUGGAGCCUAAACACAAGCCACUGAGGGCGGAGACUAUGCUAAUGAAGGACUGAUAAUUAUUUUUCUGUGGGUGGAGCCUAAACACAAGCCACUGAGGGCGGAGACUAUGCUAAUGAAGGACUGACAAUUAUUUUUUUCUGUGGGUGGAGCCUAAACACAAGGCACUGAGGGCGGAGACUAUGAUAAUGAAGGACUGAUAAUUAUUUUUCUGUGGGUGGAGCCUAAACACAAGCCACUGAGGGCGGAGACUAUGCUAAUGAAGGACUGACAAUUAUUUUUUCUGUGGGUGGAGCCUAAACACAAGCCACUGAGGGCGGAGACUAUGCUAAUGAAGGACUGACAAUAGGUGCCUUCGACUUGAACCACAGCUGCAGUCGUUGAUCAACGAGAUUAGCCGAGCACAGGCGGGGACGGAGUUGAAAACUGAGCUGGACAGCCGGACACUUCGGGGCUCAAAGUUGCUGCAUGGUGUGAUCAUUUAUUUAUUUAUUGCAAUAACAACAAAAGAUUUACAGUACAGAUAAAUCAGAAUACAGUCUCCACAGACUAUAGUUCAUUUUUAAAUAAUACAGGAAUUAUAAAUUAAUUGAAGUAGCAUACUGUACAACAAACGCAUGAGAAAUAAGGGGAAAACGAGAGGGCACAUAAGAAGGAAAUGCAUAUCCAUGAAUAGGGUUAUUUUGGAUAAUGAAAGCAUUUUUAAAAAGCACUUUAGUCCAAAAAGAUUGAACAAAAGGACCAAAAUAAAUGAGCUACACUUUAAGUAGAAGUUUCCCAGCAAGAGCAGGUACAUCAAUGUCAAACUUCAGCAUAAACGGCUAGACUGGAAAGAAGUAUUUUAUUUUAAUUUCUAUUUUUAUAUUUAAUAAAAUAUUUUGUUUACUUCAUUUGUUAAGAAACCUUUAUAGGGGUGUCAGGGUCAAUGAUGAUAUUUAUUUUAUUAUUAAUUAAACAAGUCUGUAAGACUGAAAUUUGUGAGACUGAUAUUGUCCAAUAAUAAACCCGAACACACGUGGUUGUUGUCAUGCGGUGAACUCGUGUAAUAUCAGUGUCAUCAUCGCAACUCCAGCAGUCGCUCUUCAAAUGCUGCACCAGCUGAAUCAGUCAUCUGAUCUCGGAGCGCUGUCGCGGUACUUUGAAGCCACAUGUGACCGUCACGUGGCGUCGGCGCAGCGUCAAUCAUUUCUUACCAGCGUGCACCGCUUUUAGACAGAUUUCUAUUGAUUUGCACAGCGCUGCAUGAAGUCGAACGCACCUAAUUAUUUCUGUGGGUGGAGCCUAAACACAACCCACUGAGGGCGUGGACUAUGCUAAUGAAGGACUGACAAUAAUUUUCUGUGGGUGGAGCCUAAACACAACCCACUGAGGGCGUGGACUAUGCUAAUGAAGGACUGACAAUAAUUUUCUGUGGGUGGAGCCUAAACAUAACCCACUGAAUGCGGAGACUAUCCUAAUGCAGGACUGUCAGUCAUUGCCUGUGGGUGGAGCCUAAACACACCCCACUGCAGGACCGUCAGGCGUCGUGGUGCUGCGCUGCUAUGAAGAUGAUCAAGUGUCAUGUGGUCUGUUAUUCACACUGAAUGUGUUGUUCAGUCCCCCAGUCUGACCCUGAGAGGUCGUUUUAAAUGUGAGCAUGUGAUUUUAUUUCUUAAAUGCUUAUAAUAAAAGUGUUUCAAAGCUUCA